AAACACAUUAUCAGUUUUCAAAAAAAAGAAAUUUUGUUGUCAAACUAAUUUUAGUGUUUGACAUUGAUUGAUUCAGGAAUGCUUUUACUUCCUGGUCUUAUGAAUAAUUUGUUACUGUUUCUGUCAUUUUUCUUAUUAUUCUCAAUUACAAAAUCUGCAAUUGUUUCUACAUCGUUGGGGCAAAUUGAUGGUGAUCAAAUUGGAAGUUUCCAUUUAUUUAAACAUAUUCCAUUAGCAAAGCCACCAAUUGGAAAAUUAAGAUUUCAAAAACCAGAACCGCCUGAGAAAUGGACCGGAGUGAGAAAUGCAAAAGCGUACGGACCAGCAUGUAUAUCAAAUUCAUCUGUAUCAACAAGCCCACAGAAAUGGAUUGAUGAAGAUUGUCUUCACAUAAAUAUCUUCACUUCUGAUAAAUGUUUGAAAUCAAAAGACUGUGCAGUUGUUACAUAUUUUCAUGGAGGAGGUCUCAUGUAUGACUCGGCUGUAAUGUUUAAUGAUACGUAUUUGCUUGGGACUUUUGUUAACCAAGAUGUAAUAAUUGCGAUUCCUGCUUUCCGUCUUGGCAUUUUUUCUCAUUUCGUUGUUGAAGAUCAAAGUAUUGCUCCCACAAACUUGGCACUUUAUGACAUUCUACUCGGCGUCGAGUUUGUGAAGAAUGAAAUUCACAAUUUUGGAGGAAAUAACCAGAAAAAUACAAUUAUGGGUCAUUCCUACGGAGGUUCAAUAGUCAAUAUUCUAACAUUCAGUUCGAAGAUUAACCAUGAUUUAAGUCUAUUUCAACAGUCUAUUUGUAUGUCAUCUGGACAUGAUUUUGAAACAUUGGAAAUUCAAAUUCAAAAAACCAAUCGUUUCGCUAAACACGCAGGGUGUACAGUUCCAUCAAUUAUUGAAAAGAAGAUGACAACAAGGCAAAGUGAUUUGUAUAGGAUGAAAUGUUUACAAAAUAAGGAUGCUUUAGAGUUGUUGAGAGUUCAACGUUUAUUAGAAGAUGAAGGUUAUCCAACAUAUGGAUACUUAGUUCAACGGGAGCCUCUUAUACAAGAAAUACCAUAUCAGGAAUUUAUGAAAUCUCCAAAGAAAAUUCCAAUGCUCACAGGAUGUACUAGAUAUGAAAUGGACCAUUCACCAGCACCAAAGCCAAUUGGACAAGCAUUGGGUUUUGAGAAUCCAGAGGAAGUUUAUAUGAAAUUUAGAAAGGACUGGGAUGAUGAAGUCUAUGAAUUCGGAAAUCAUUCCGAUGAGACUCAAGCCAUCAUGGUUCAAGUAAGAGUAAGAGUUAAUAAUCUACUCUCAAAAAAUGUUCCGGCAUAUCUUUACGAGUACACAUAUCCAAAACAUGCACGACAUACUGACGAUUUGUUUUAUUUAAUGGGUGUUCAUCGUUUUGAAAAGGAUGAAAAUGAAAUUGAAUUGGGAAAAGUCUACGAAACGAUAUUCAUGAAUUUUGCAAAAUUUGGUGACCCGAAAGAAGGUUUUGAGUUGGCCAACGCAGAAAAUGAAUCAUAUUAUGAAGUAUAUUGGGAUGGAGAAACAGGAGAAAGACCACAAAUGAAAACUAAAUUUGAAGAAAAGAUUAUCAACUAUUGGCUGAAAGAUAUGGUGGAAUAUGACAAGCACAUCACAGAACUCAAAAAUCAAAAAAUCUCAAUAAGAAAGCCAGUUGUCAGAUUUUAUGAAGAAUCAUCUAAAUACCAUCAGUACUCGUAUAUGACAAUUAGCAUUUUAUUGAUUUUUACCAUUUUUCUAACCGGCUACUUAUUUGGAAGAUGUUGUUGUGUUGGCAAUCAGGAUAGGAAUUUAUAUAUUCAAUUAGAUGGAAGCAAUAUUCCAACCGGGCAUAUUGUUAAAAACUUCUAAAUUAUUGUCUAAUUACAUGUAUAUAUUUAAAUGUGUUAAUGAAUCGUGUUUUCAAAUCUCAAUUUA